AUGGCUGGGACAGUCGUGAUCACUGGAGCCAACGGCUCCCUAGCACUCGGCUUUGUCGAGGCUCUUCUAUCCCGCUAUCCCCAGCAUACCCUCAUCGCUACUGUUCGAAACACCUCGCCGGAAAAAGAUUCCAACACUGCAGAGCUUAUGAGGAUUAUCUCGAAGUACCCAAACUCCAAGGUCAACGUGGAGGCUCUUGACCUCGGUCAGCUUGCCAGCGUGCGCACUUUUGCACAGAUAAUAUCUGGCCUGGUUCUUUCGAAGAAAACUCCACCAAUUACAGCGAUAGUUUGCAACGCUGCCACUUUGUCACUAGAAGCAGGGCAGAAGUUUACGUCUGAUGGCUUUGAGGCUACCUUUCAAGUCUGUCACCUAUCGCACUAUCUUUUGGUCUUGAAGUUGCUUGAAAGCAUGGAUCCCACAUCUGGACGCGUCGUCAUGCUAGGAUCCAUCACCCACUAUCCUGAUAAGCCAAACCCGGUAUCAUCCCUGGGUCCAUGCUUUCCCGAGAACCUUGAAGAGCUGGUCAAGCCAACACCUGAUCCACGAUCGCUCGUCCAUGAUAGGGGUUUCCAAAGAUAUGGUACUGCAAAGCUCGCAAAUGUGACAUUCGCUCUCGAUCUGAAUGAAAGGUUGAAGAAGGACCCUAAAUUUUCAAAUGUCACUGCGACGGCCAUGGACCCGGGUGGCCUUCCAGCUUCAAGAGCCCAAGCAGAGCAGAAGAAAUCUACCAAGCGAAUUAUGUCAACUAUCAAUUUCCUAAUGCCCGUUCUCAAGCAUGUGACCACUGCAUUCCGAACAAUCAAAGAUGCUGGUCGAGAGCUUGCCAUCGUGAGCGUUGAUCCUGCAUUCAAUGGGAAGAGAGGCUAUUUUGUUGCCCAGAAAGAGGACGCUCCAGCGGCAAUUAGCAAAGAUAUCGAGAUGCAGGAGAGGCUUUGGGCGGCGUGCUGGAGAUGGUCUGGGAUGAAGCCGGAAGAAACAAUUUUGCAGGAUUAUGCUCGUGGGCUAUAA